AUGGAGAAAUUAUUGCACUGGUCCAUCGCCCAACAAGCUGGUGAUAAAGAAGCAUUGGCCAAGAUUGGAGAGCCAGAUCCUAAAUUAUUGAACCAAUUGUUUGGAGGUCCAGAUGAAGUGGCUUUAAUGAAGGAAAGUAUUGCAAUCGCUCACAACCCUAAAGUUGAGGACAAAGAUAAAGCAAUUGCGUUGGAAAAUUUUGAAAUGUUAAUUGAAAAUAUGGAUAAUGCAAAUAACAUUGAAAACUUGGGAUUGUGGCAUCCAAUUGUCGACUUGUUGAAAAACGAUGUCCCCGAUGACUUGAGGGUGAUUGUUUGUGGUAUUAUUGAUACAGCUGUUCAAAAUAACCCCAAAUCGCAAGAAGGUUUCGAGAAAACUAAUGCGUUGCAAGAGUUGGUCAAGAUUGCUAAAGAUGGUCAACAAAACAAGUCCUUGCAAAACAAAGCUCUUUUUGCAAUCUCCUCAUACAUAAGAAACUUUAAGCCAGGGUACAAACAAUUUGAUGAAUCAUCCGGCUGGGAUUUGAUCAAGUUUGAUUCUAAAGAUUCGAAAUUCGAUUUGAGAAUUUUGUCACUUGUGUCAUCGAUAUUAAGCAAUGGUUUGGAUAGUGAUCUUGAAAAUAGAUUCAGAAGUUCCAAACUAGUUCACUACCUUGCUUCAGUGUUGAACUUGGACUCAAAUACCAAUUUAGUUGACAAAUCUUUAAACAUCAUUUCUGAGUUACAUCGUUUAAAGUAUGACUUCACGGAUGAAGAAACUUAUGAAGUAGACAGAGGAAUCCAAGUGGUUGAGGGAUUGAGUGAUAAAAUUAACAUUGACGAUCUCACUCGUGCAAAACAAGUUACAAAGAAGUAA